AUGAACAGUCUCAACCGUACAAUCACCGGUCAUCAUGGUUCGAUAUUACAGCUUCACCUCUUCCUCCUACUCUUAUCUGGCCACGCUUCGGCUCAAGCUACUCAGGUCGAUUCAGAUAUGUAUGGACAAACCUAUCGGUUGGAUCCAAUCAUGAAAAUACUAAUGCUCGUCAUGGCUAGUGUUUUCUUCGUUCUCGGGUUUUCAUCCAUAUAUAUCCGUAGGUGGCUAGCGAGAGUCACUGGGAUUAACAACACACGUUCCGUGGACGCUGAUGGUAACUGGCUUUCCCUGAGCCGCCCGCAGGCGAGUGGACUCGAGGCAUCGGUCAUUGAGACUUUUCCCACGUUCCAAUACUCAACGGUGAAGACGCUAAGGAUUGGCAAAGAGGCCCUUGAGUGUCCUAUUUGCUUAAACGAGUUCGAAGACGCUGAAAUCUUGCGUUUGGUUCCUAAAUGUUGCCACGUGUUCCAUCCUGAUUGUAUAGAUGUUUGGUUCCAGUCUCACACCACAUGUCCUCUAUGCCGGGCCAAUCUUGUUCCUGUACCGGGAGAAUCAGUUGUUUCUAUCCAAAUACCCGGUUUAGCCGAUGAUGCUCCCCGUUCUGAAGUAACCGGUGAUCGGAAUACGGUUUUGGGUUCUCCGGAUGCGAGAUUGAUUGACUCGGUGGCGUUGACUUGUAAGCAGAGUAUGCCACGUAGGUCUAUGUCUGCCGGAAGGAACUUAGCCGAAAUGAUCUCCACCGGUCAACAUGAGGGGAAUCUCGACCGGUUCACGCUUAGGUUACCGCUAGACAUUCACAAUAAGCUCAUGGACCCAAGCCUUUUAAAAGGCCACGUGGCGUUUCCUUGUAUGAUGAGUCCAGCGAGAGGGCACAGAACCGGGAGCCUAGAGACUGAUGCAAACUAUUUCUACUAUGAACGGUUUGAGCAAGAUGGUCGGUUAGACCGUAGACCAUUCUCCAUAACUCCUCCGUACCGGACAUGUUCGAUGAAAUCACCGUCGUUUCUUGAAAAGAACAUUGGUGAACGUUCGUCCGAUCACCUUCGCUCCGGCCAUGAUAGCUCUUCUAUAGACCAAGUUGUAUAA